CAAAGAAUGGAGAUGAUCGUCUCUCCUAUUACUUCUACACCGGAGACUCAACGUGUCGUUAGGACAAUUCUGCGUGGGGAAUAUGAGUCGAUAGUCAAGGAGGCAGAGGAAGGUAAUAAGCGGGUGCAAAAAUAUCUUGUUGCUACGGAUUUGAGUGGGGAGGCCCAGCAUGCUCUAGAGUGCACAAUUGGAACGGUUCUGGGAGAUGGGGAUACUCUGAUGGCCAUAUAUGCCAUCGAUCGGGAUAUGGUGGAAGAUGGCGACAAGAUUGUUCCGGAUGACAAGAUAGCGGGAGAAUUGAGUAGCAAUGCUGCCGCCAUGGGGACCAGCCUUGCGGCUAUGAACAUGCCUCAUACGCCCGGAACAUGCUCUCCGAUAUCUAACAUUGGUGACGUUUCAGAGAGGAGUAGCGAGCGCAUGGAGGGAGAGCGAAGGAGGUUCAUUGCAGUAGAGGCAAUCACUAGGCUGGUGGAAAAGCUUUUGGGGGAGUCGAGGCGUAACGUCGGGGGGCCACUGUAGGGGUGAUUCACUACGGGAGUCCGAAGCUUCUCACUAGAAUCCUGAGUUUGUAAUCCAUUUCUCGAUAUAUGAUUGUCUGGCUAAUAUGAUUUAGAUCGACUUUAUGGACCCUACACUUGUGGUCCUUGGUUCCCAUGGUAGAAUUGCGCUAGAGUGGUGGGCACCUUGAAUUACACUCUGUUCGUAUUACAUCAUAAACUAAAUCGUCACCUAGCGUCUUUCUGGAAUCCUUCUCGAAUUGCCAGGUCACUGAAUCCUCUGUCCCUGUCAUGGUUUCCCAGAAAAAACUCAAACAUGCUAAA